GCCUUGUCGUCUAGUGUAGCGGUGCUCACCCUCACUCCCGACAGGGGUGAUAUAAAAAGCCGGCAAGGAAGAGCUUUCCUUCAUUGUAAUUCAAUCCUGAGUCGUGUCGGGUUGUUUCAUUAUUCCAUCUACUCACCGUUCUCCAUUUCACACAAAUCCGUUCCAACAAUGCCGAUCGACCUGUACUACUUGGAGGCCAGCGCCCCUUGCCGCUCCGUCAUGAUGACGGCCAAAAUGGUCGGCGUUGAACUCAACUUGAAGAAAACGGACGUGAUGGCCGGAGAUAACAUGAAGCCCGAAUACAUCAAGAUGAAUCCGCAACACAACAUCCCCACCAUCGACGACGAUGGCUUUUACUUGAACGAAAGCAGAGCCAUUUGCGCUUAUCUGGUUAACAAGUACGGAAAGGACGACACUCUCUACCCAAAAGAUCCCAAAGUUCGUGCCUUGGUCGACCAGCGCCUCUACUUUGACAUGGGCGUCUUCUACCAUCGUUUCGGCCUAGUUUACUAUCCGGUCAUGCUCAAAGGAGCCACCAAGAUCGAUGAAAGCGCCAUGAAGGAUUUGGAGGGCGCACUUGAUUUCCUGGAGACUUUCCUGGGCCAAAAUAAGUAUGCUGCAUGCGAUCACCUGACGAUCGCAGACCUUUCGUUGGUCGCUUCGGCUUCUACCUUUUUGGCUACUAACAAGACCAUUUUCGACAAGCAUCCCAAGAUUCAGAGCUGGUUGGAAACUUGCAAGGCCGAGAUCACAGACUACGAAGAUACCAACAACCGUGGCGCUGAAGCCUUUGGACAGUGGGCCGGAGCUGCUCUUUCCAAGUUGGAAUCUGCAUAAAUCUAAAGCAUUUGAAAGAAAAAUACUGCCUACUAUUGCAAAAUGUUAAUUUUUGGAUACAAGUUUAUAAUACAAAAAAUUUAUCAGCA